CGAGCGAUCCUGUAUUGCGAGUUACGAAAUUGCGGUGUGAAGAAGACAUUUCCAUAGUUAAAAAAAAAUUCUUGAAUCCCAUUUACUUUGCUCUUCCCCUUCAACUAUUUUAAAUUUGCAAAGGUUGCUCGUGAAUUCAGUGAAUGUAGAACAUUUUGGUUGAGGAGUUCAAGGUUGAUAGUUUAGCUCUUACCCGUUAAAAGAUCCGAGUAUCCUUGGUUAACCUUCCCGAACUUUUAUAAACCCUGUUCCGCCCCUUAUCAGAUAUUGUUCUCUUCUAGAGUUGCCAUUUCCAGCUAUGAACCCAUUUUUUUAUUCAUCACCAAAGCAUCUGUCUGGUCAAACCCUGGCUGGUCAAGGGUCACCACAAACCCCCGAGAAUGUCCAAGUUACCUCCCCAGUUUCUCAUGUGCCCUAUCCUUCACCCGGUUAUUAUUCAAAUGUACAUCAAGCUCCUCCCUUUGUUACUCAACCUAGCCAAUAUUAUUUUGAAUCACCAAUUUAUGAAAUGCAAUAUAAAUAUGUUCCUUAUCAACAAUAUCAUAUCCCACAGCAAUACCCCAGAAGUGAGGUCAAUCAUAAGAAACCUGAUUUGAUUAAUCGGAACAAUUUACAUUUUUCUCAGCCUUCGCAAGAUCAGCUUCCCAUGGCACUUCAUGCAUCUUCUUCGCAUACAUCAGGGCAAGACCUGCGCCAGAGUCAAUCAGACCAUCAACAAAGAUCACAACCUCAUUCUCAUAAGCGCCAUCGUAAGUCUAAACUGUUCCCUGAUAAACAUUAUGCCCAGAUGUUUCCCUCGAAAUCAAUGAGUAAUAAAAAGUCUCACAAUGCAGAAGCACCAUCUUCGGAAAAUGUCAAAUUUCCAAUCAUCCCAAUGCCUCAAACAACAAAGGUUUCUUCAUCUAUAGAUCUUCAGUCACUUUACUCAAAGAUUGAAGUUAAGAAAUAUUCAACUUCUGCCAUUGAUCCAGUAAGGAAUUAUUUGACUGUUUAUGAAUAUCCAAUCAAUAAACAUUGGGUUGUUUGGGAUUAUGAAACUGGAUUUGUUCAUUUGACGGGGAUUUGGAAGGCAUCUUUAGAAUGUUCGCUGUCACAUUCCUCUGGAAGCUCAGCGCCAGGAUCCUCAUCUUCAACAGGACAUUCUGGAGGUGAUCUGGGAGAUCAUCCACUUCCCAAAUCACAUUCUAAAGCGGAUAUUGUGAAAUUACUUGAAACAACCCCAAAGCAGUACCAACAACAUAUCAAGCGAAUUAGAGGCGGGUUCCUCAAAAUUCAAGGCACGUGGUUACCAUAUUAUUUGUGUAAAAUAGUGGCAAGGAAGUUUUGUUAUCAUAUUCGAUUUGAACUCAUUCCAAUUUUUGGACCUGAAUUCCCUGAUUCAUGCUUAACCCCAGAAGAUCCAGGAUUUGGGAAAUUGAGAUUAGACGAAUGUCAUGGUGAAUUGUCCAAAUCAAAGAAGCCAAAUAGUUUAUUGAAACGGAAAUUGGAUGAUGAAUUGAAACUAGAAAAGGGUUUAAAUGAUGAAUUUGCAACCAAAAAAUUACCUAAAAUUGCCACUGAAUCUUUUGGUGAUAGAAAGGAACAAUUUGGAGGGGUUUUAGUCAGGGAAAAAGAAAAGGAUGAAGUAGAAUCUUCAGAAGCAGAAGCAGAUGAAGAUCAAGAACCAGAAGAAGUGGAAGAAUAUGAUCAAAGGAAUUAUUCUUCGAAUUCAACUGGCGCACCACCUACUCUUGGAUUAUUUACAACCACAAAUAAUAUUAGAAAUUUAAAUCCUGCAGAAACAACUGCCACAUUAACAAAUGAUCCACUGUUGACAUAUCAUGAAAUGUUGGACAUUGUUACCGCUUCUAAAUGUCUACAAUCUUUAAAACAACCAUCUAGUUCUACAUCUCCAACAUCAGUUUCAGUGUCCCCAAACUUCUCUUUAGCUCCAGAUAUGCAGCUGGUCUGUGUCAAUGGAAUUUCAUCGAUUUUGGAGGCUGCUGGAUUGAAAGAAAAUCCUCCAAAAAGAAGAAGAAGUUUGAAAAUACAUGAAUUGAUAUCGUGA